AUGCUUAGUUUUCUUUUCUUAUUUAUAAGCGGGAAAAAUAUAACUAUUUCGAAAAGGGGUAGUACUUCAAGUUAUACUAUCUAUUAUCCAGCAGCUCAUCCCGGAGAACAGCCUUGGUGGCGUUUUGCAGCCGUUGAGCUUCAAGCAGGUAUCAAAAAUAUAACAGGUGAAGUGAUUCCAAUAGAAACUGAUGCAAAGGAGAUCAAAGACAAAGCUAUUUUGAUAGGUCCGACUAAGUUUUCUAAAGAAUUGACAACAUUACAUUUUACUGAUUUACGACUUGAUGCAUUUGAGAUCAGAUUUGUUAAAGGAGAGCAUCUGAUUAUUAAUGGUGGCUCUCGUGGUACAAUUUAUGGAGUUUACGAACUCUUAGAAACAUACGCAAAAUUCAGAUUUUAUACUACAUGGAUGGAAUUCUAUCCAUCUGCAGAAGAAUUUAAUGUAGAUUCAGAAGUUAAUAUUAGUGAUAUUGCUGGAAUACAAUGGCGCCAGAUUUAUGGAACAGAUACAAUUUUGAAUUUCCGUCACAACGUUAGAAAGAGAGCCAAUGCUGGUGAUCAAGGUUUAGGUUAUGACACAGGAGGAUAUCUAUGGUCAACAUUCGGGGUUCAUACGUUUUGGGCUCAACUUCCGAAAUCUGAAUAUCCUCCAUCACAAUAUCCCGAAAUGUGGGCACUUUUACCAGAUGGAUCACGAUCUAGUAGUGCACCAUGUCUUACAAACAAAGCAGCCUUCGAUGUUAUCCUUUCAAAAAUUAUUGCCGAAGUUGAUAAAGACAAUACAUCAUCAUUUAUUGAUGUUGGUCAUAACGACAACAUGGAUUAUUGUCAUUGUCCUAAUUGCAAAGCACUAACAGAGAAAUAUGGUAAUAGAUAUUCAGGAGUAUUAUUAGAUUUUUGCAACCGUUUGUCAGAUGCAAUUAAACCUAAAUAUCCAAACCAUAUAAUUCGAAUGUUGGCCUAUUAUAUGACAGAAAAUCCUCCAUUUAAUAUACAAGGGAAAGAUAAAGUUGGCAUACAUUUAUGUCCAUUAGGAAAUGAUAUUGGACAUCCUGUCAAUGAAUCCAAACAUCCACAAACAGUUAUAUUUAAAGAAAUUGUUGCUAAUUGGUCAAAAGUCGUUAAAUACGUCGAAGUUUCUGAGUAUUACACAAAUUUCAGAGCUCCUAUGCAUUUAACACCGAAUUAUUGGAUGAUUGGCAGAAAUAUACAAUACUAUGCAUCAUUAGGAGUUAAUGGAUAUACAGCAGAAGAUAUAAUGUUUUGGACAAGAGCUCCUCCAACGAGAUUAGCUCAACAUGCUGAUUUUACUUAUUUUAGGCAAUACGUUAUGUCAAAAAUGAUGUUUUAUCCUACACGACCUGUUUUGUAUUAUGAAGAUGAUUUCUUAUAUGGAUACUAUGGAGCAUCUGCUGCAUCAUAUGUAAGAAGAUUCUUAAAUGCUACAAAAGAACUUGCUGAUUCUCAUCCAGAAGCAUAUGUUGGAUGUCUUGCCCCUGAAAUACAAGGAUAUCAAACAAAUAAUUAUAAUUAUUAUGCGUAUUGGCUUUUCGGAAAAGCUGUUGAAAAAGCAAAAGAAACUGCAACAGAAAAACAAAUCUUUAAUAUAAUGAUGGCUGAACUUCCCUCAGCAAAUACUGUUAUAUCCAUGGAAAAGAAAAUGAAAUGGCCAUUAGUUAUUGAUGAAGAAGGAAAAAUACGUCUCCAAGGUUCAAAAAUUAAAGAAUGUGCAACGAAGAUUUUGGAGAGAUGUAAAGAUCAAUAUUAUGUAGAUAAUUAUACAAAAGGAGUUUGUUUUGUUACUGAUAGUUUUGAUACAAAAGCUGAAGGUGUUUACAAAGAAUUAAAAUAUUUAAGAGAUUCUAAUCCAGCAUUGAUAAUGAAAUCAGGUGAUUUGAAAGCAAUUUCAGGUGAAAAACCUGCAUAUGGAAGAAUUUUUUCUUUUAUGAAAGGAAAUAAUGAAUAUAUUGAUAGUAUUGAAGGAAUUGAUUUUUGUAUGUAUCCAACAUUUAAGAUUGUUAAUCAUAUUGAUUAUGAUAUGAAACAAGGAACGAAAACAGACAAAUCAAUUUCAUUUAGUUUUACAAAUAAUGAAAUGAAAAUGGAAAAAACUUAUACACUAAAUGAUAAUAAUUUAUUAUUAAAGUGUAAAUUCACGAAUACAAAAACAUCCGUUUUCCAAUCAAGGCCUUGUUUCUCAUUAAAUCUUGAUUUAGGUGAUAAUUCAGACAUUUUCUAUAAAUUAGGAAAUGGAAAUUGGGAAAGACCAAAUAUAGAAAUCGUUGCAACUUAUGUAAAUCAUUUUGGAAAACAAACAAAAUCUCAAUCUACUUUAUCUAUUUGUAGUGGAAAAACAAAGAAAGGAAUGAAAUUUGAUUUUACAAGUUCAAAAAUUUCAUUUUUCUCUGUUUGUUUGAACAAAUCUUCAAAAUACGUUAAAGUCUAUAUUGGUACUGAUUUUGUUGAAUUAAAUUCUAAUGCUGUUUAUGAGAAUUCUUUAACAAUGACACCAUUAGAAAACAUCCAGAAUUUACCUUCAACUGCGAUGCCGAAUCUGGAAACACCUAAUCAAAUUGUUCAUUUCUAUCCUUUGUAUUAUCUUAGUAUUAACUUCAAAAAAUGGCAACCAAUGAAUGAUGACAUGUCGUUCUUAGGAAUUUCUGCAUCAAGUAUCUCAGGAAAACCUUCUAGCGGAAGUAAGUUAUCUUUUAAUGUUGCAAAGGAAUUUCCUCAAGUUUUUGGAGUCUCAGGAACAUGGAUUAA